CGAGGCUGCUCGCACAUGGUGCCGUCUGCAAAAGCUUGGACCCAAUACUCCGAAACAAAGUAUCAGAAGAACUCCGCAAGGAUGCUCCUGGAAAUCUGGCUGAAGAUGUGUUAAAAGGGUCAGAGUCGAAGAAGCGGAAGAUCGAUGUGGGAGAAGAGGAGGAUGGCGAAGAUGAACCAAACAACUCCAAAGCUUGCCGCCAACCAACUAUCGAAGGAAUUGCCAAGAUUGAAGGAAAGAAAAGACUUGAUGCACUUGUAAAUGCCGCAGUCGUCAAUUUGUUUUGUGUGGCAGGCCUUUCAGAUUCACUUGCGGACUCACCAUUUUGGAAGCAUCUGCUUCAAACGUUGAACCCCAAGUAUGACCCUGUAUCGUCUACAACUCUCAGGGAUAAACAUAUACCAGCAGAGGCCGAACGGUAUCCACAAUCAGUCUAUACAUUCCAUGUCACUACUCCAGACCGACGGACCUUUUUUGUAGAUGGGGAUGAGGCGUCAAGUGAAUCUCACACGGCAGACUAUAUCUGGGAGCAAGCUCAGCAUGUCAUCGAAAUGAUAGGUCCAAAACGAUUCUCGGGGGUUUGCUCUGAUAAUACAGGGAAUACUAAAAAAGCCCGUCGACUCAUCUGCAACAAUUAUCCAUGGAUUAUUAACACACUCGACUCUCCACAUUUUCUAGCCAGAACGUUGAGUGAUAUCUGCAAUCUUGAUGUCUUUUCUGAGACAAUCAACACUACUCGUGGUGUUCUGACAUUCUUCAGUCAUUCUACACAUGCGACCACACACUUGACGAGUGUUCGUAAAUCUCUUGACAUUUCUCGGGGUCUUGAGAGGAUAGGGAAAACGCGGUUUGGAACUAUAUACCAUUCCUCUAAUUCUAUCCUCCGAUGCGCUCCUGCCAUCGAGAAACUUGUCAAAGAUGAAAUUAUCAACUCCAAG